AUGAGCAAUUCCACCUCCCCAUACAAUGAUGCUCAUACCAUGGGCUCUGACCACACUCAGGGCCCACCGCGGAAGAAGAUGCGCAAGGGAACAAAGAGUUGUUUAGAAUGCAGGCGCAGAAAGAUAAAGUGCAAUUUCGAACCUGGAAGACCGGCGGUAUGCAAUGAAUGCUAUGCACGUGGCUCUACUUGCAUCGAUCAGGAACACGGAGAUAUACACUCAUACUCGCAGCCGAAUGUCGAGCAGUCGAAUUAUAGUCUGCGCGAAAGAGUAUCUCAGCUCGAAGAUCUGGUCAAACAGGUACUGAAUCGCCUGCCCGAGAAGGGAGAACAUCACUCUGCGUCGCAGUCCCAUUCAGACGCAGACAAGAGCCAUGUUGAUGCCCAGGCUGCCGAAGUAUUGAAAAGCCUCAAGGGUUCACUCCGCCAAGUCGAUAGCGACCUCGAAGAGUCGAUUCUUAUGCCUGGUGGUGUCCGAGAUGGGGCUCCUGCGCUGAGUUUGUUCGACAAUGCCGUUCUUGAAAGAAAGGACAGCGAGCCUGUCGUCUCGAGAGAAAAGUAUAACAAGAAUAAGGCUCUGCUUGCUGCGUUUCACAAGUUACUGCCUUCACCUGAUGAUCUGGAGAUCAUCCUCGAAUCUUCACAUGAAUGGUGGACAAUAUGGCGUAAAAUGUUCCCCGAGAUCAGCGACAGUCGUUGCGAAACGGUCAAGGAGUCCGUCUCGCAUUCUCUACGAUCGGACCAACCGGCCGAGUUGGCCAAGAUCAUGCUGUGCAUCGCCAUCGGAAUUCAUCAAUUGCCAGUCUCCUUCGAUUGGUCUAGGUUGAAACUAAAGGAAGACCCUGCGGCUCUGAUGGAACGGUACAUCGCCACUGUCAAUAAGCUCAUCACGUCUGAUGAUGAAAUCGCAGCUACAAUUGACGGGAUUGAAUGUAUGAUACUGGAGGCCAAGUAUCAAGUCAACAUGGGCCGUCCAAGACGUGCCUGGCUGCUAUUCCAUCGAGCAAUUGCAUUUGCCCAGUUGCUCGGCCUACACAAGUUGCCCGCUCGCGCGGAUAAAACGUCUCGCGACUACCUGCGGUCUUACGGCAUUUGGUCCCAUUUGGUUCUCGGAGACAGAUUUAUGUCGCUGUUCCUUGGGCUGCCGUACUCUGUUGCAGAACAGUUUGUCACCCCUUUCAUACCUGGCAAUGGGCCAUGGCCUGGAACUGCAAAUCCUGGCGAAGUUUACGUGGGGAGGAUGCUGCCUGUCAUUACUAAGAUCAAUGAUCGAAAUCAAAGCGUUGUUCCGAUGGGGUACUCUGCCACAUUAAGACUCGACCAAGAAUUGGAAGAGUUGUAUAAUGCACAGGAUGCUUCCUGGUGGUCGCUUGACAUGAUUCCCGGCGACGCGAUCGAUGAUCAUUUCGGCCGAUUACAAGCACACUUUUAUCACCAUCAGGCGCGGUUGCUUCUUCACAUGCCAUUCAUGCUUCGAUCCUCGUCCGACAAGAGAUAUCGGUAUUCGCAUAAUGCUGCCCUUGAAGCGGCUCGAGAGAUGAUUCGGAUCUACGAGGCAUUGCGUGACAAUCCAGCUGUAGGCCCUUUCAUCUGCAAACUGGUGGACUUCCAGGCUUUUACAGCCGCAAUGCUUCUAUUGCUCAACCUCUGCGGCUACUCACAGCAGCACCGCGGCAGCAAUCCUCAACCACCGGAUCUUGAGCAAGACCAGAAAGACUCGGGGCUGAUUGACCAGACCAUAAGCCUGCUCAAGGAUGCAGCCAAGGAAGGUGGAGGAGUUGUUGCUGCUCAAAGUGCCCAAGCCCUAGAGAUGCUCGCCCACGCUCGACAUUGCCCAGAAACAGACAUCAAGGACCGUCCUGCUGGCGCAACGUGUCAAGUUUCCAUUCCCUAUUUUGGAACAAUAUCAAUCGGCAUGGGCAAGCAAUUCAUUCCCAUCAAGCCUGGAACGUAUAUCCAACGGAACUCUGGUUCGACUAUGAAUGUUCCAAUGAGGGGAGUCUCCAACACAGGGCUACCCACACCUCCGUCCGUCACCUCGAGCAGCACCCAACCAUCUCCGGUCACCACUACAAUCGACAAUCCUCAGCUUCAACCCCCUCAAACACACAGAUUGCCAAUAUACGAGUCCACGAAUUACAUAGCUCCUGGGCUUGAUCAGGGUUGGCCUCAAGGCGACGACCCGCUGGUCACCUUCGAUAGCUUCAUGUCUUUCGCUCCUCAGAAUAUGCAGGACUAUCCGUCUGCCGGCGGCACUACAACCAGCAGUUCAGGAUAUACUCCACAACAGCAGACUCAGAGUCCAUAUACCGAUGCUGUCAAUGAUUUUAAUAGUGGUAUACCCACAGGCGGCCUUGCAGGUAUAGCUGCUCAGCAGGGCUUUCCUUUCGCCAAUUUCCCCUUUGGCCAGAGCGGUCCUGACCUUGAUCAAGGCUGGAAUUGGUUCGGCGUUGAUGCGCCACUUAUGCAGUGA